CCGGCGAUCGGCCUUGUAUUUGUUUACAUUUUUUCUGAGAAAUCACAGGUAGAGAUCAUGAGAAUCCGUAGAAAUCCCCUGCCCCGCCGGCUGGUGGAUAUAUUGUGCUUCCUUCUGAUUGGCAUCUCCCUGCCGGUGGUCUUCAUGUUCGAGAUUGUGGUGGUGCUUCCCAAUUUCCACGAUCCCGGCAGUUUCUUUCACACCCUGCACUUUCUAAUGGCCAUGUUCCUCGUCUUUAAUAUCAAGAGCAACAUGAUCGCCUGUAUGAUGAUCGAUACGAGUUGUGACGUCAAGAAGAUAGAACCACCGGAGGAUCAUUCGGAUUGGCGAGAGUGCGAAAUAUGCCAGAGAUUGGCUCCGCCCAGGUCUUGGCAUUGCAAGAACUGUGGCGUUUGCAUCCUGAAGAGAGAUCAUCAUUGCAUAUACACCGGCUGCUGUAUUGGUCACAGGAAUCAUCGCUUCUUCAUGGGAUUCAUCUUCUACCUCUUUGUGGGAUCCGUUUAUGCCCUGGUGUAUAACUCCAUUUACUUGUGGGUGUUCCAAGCCCACAUAUACUGCCACUGGCAGACCUUGUUUAAGCUGCUCAACCCGUUGUUUCUCCUUUUUACUGGCCACUUCUGGGGCAACAUGUACCUCAUCUUCUACGGCCUGAAUAUCCUAGCGUUUUUGUACGGCGUUCUUCUUCUGGCCUACCAUGUGCCCAUCAUUUUGAGAGGAGGAGUAUCCGCAGAUCGCACUUUGGAGAGCAAGCACAAAUACGAUCGGGGAGUUCGCGAAAAUCUUAGGAGCGUCUUUGGCAACCGCAUGCACUUGGCGUGGAUCUCACCGCUGAUACGCAGCGAUCUGCCGGAUGAUGGAUACCACUGGAAGCCCCCUAUCGAUGCACAAGAGAAAGACUGAUUGCCAUUUAAAUUUAGAAAAUACUUUGGGAAAACACACACAUCACCUACCUGGGUGUACCAUAUAUAAGUACUGACAGUCUUGACACCUUCAUUUGGAUGUUUAGUAACCUUAAGGACGUAAAGUUGCAUCCAAUGCCACCAUUGACAAUUGAGGCUCCACCAUUCCACUCUACUUGGCUCUCGUCAACGAUCAAAAUCAGGUUAAUAUAGAAAAUCAAAUGACCCUGCAUUAGAAAUACUUAAUAA